AUGCAUCUCGCAAAACCCAGUUGGCUUGCUCAUUCGGACGAUAAAAAUCAAAGGACCUCAAUUUUCUCGAUCCACGUUCACCCUGACGGUACACGAUUGGCAACUGGUGGACUAGGACCAGUUCUUUGUGUUAGAUGGUCAAAUAAUGAAGGAAUAUAUUUAGCUUCGGGUUCUGAUGAUCAACUCGUAUUAAUAUGGCAAUGGGACAAAUCUAGCGAAGGGUGGGCAGGCGGAAGUGUUUUUGGGAGCGCUGAACAAAAUAUUGAAAAUUGGAAACCCGUAAAACGACUCACUGGACAUCAAUCAGAUGUUGUUGACCUGAGUUGGUCGAAGGAUAAUACUUAUUUGGCUUCAUGUGGUUUAGACAGUUUAGUGUUCAUAUGGGACGGUAAAACUUUCGAAAAACUACAUAAAUUAGAUAAACAUGCGGGUUUCGUUAAAGGAGUCACCUGGGAUCCUGUAGGAGAAUAUCUUGCUACUGAGUCGGAUGAUAAAACGGUAAGGAUUUGGGAAACCACCAGUUGGACUGUUCAAGCUACUAUUUCCGAUCCUUAUACGAGUUCUCCAACAACAACGUUUUAUCGUAGAUUAAGUUGGUCACCUGAUGGGUCUCACGUUGCAACAGCAAAUGGAGCUCAAGGUCCAAUACCCAUUGCAGCUAUAUUUAAUCGUGGUAAAUGGCAAACAGAUGUAUCUUUAGUAGGACAUGAAUCUGCUAUAGAAGUUGUGUCUUUCAACCCAGUUUUGUUUAUGAUCCCCGAAAGUGAUGAUGCGGAUCCAAGUUCUGCAACAUUGGGUAGCAUUUGUGCAGUCGGAAGUCAGGAUCAUAGCAUUUCAGUAUGGGUAACAAGAAAUGCCAGGCCACUUUUCGUAUGUCAAAAACCUUUUGAACAUAAUGGAACACACCUUUAUGCGUGUUCUUAUGAUGGAACUGUGGUUGUUCUUCAGUUCCUUAAUAAUGAAUUCGGUGAACGAGAAAAACUUUUAAUGAAAUACGGAUUCAGAUCGAAAGAUCCAAUUUUAAUCGAAAAUCAAACCCAACUUAGUUUCGAAAGUGAAUACGCCAUUACUAGAAAUAAAAAUAGUAAUGAAAUACCUUCUUCUGAUAAUAAUGCGUCAUCCGCCGUUAUACCUAUGGAAACUUCAGUUUCAGAAACGGAAUUGGAACCCAUAAUAUAUGUUCCGCCGAGGAUGAAAUCACCAUCCCCAUCUACUUCAACCAAUAUUCCACUUGAAUCGUCGUCAAAUGGUAAAAAACGUAUUCAACCUCGUCAUUUAGGUUUAGGAAGUCUUACUUCAACUCUACAAUCAACACGACAAGAUGGCACUAAUCAAAUGGAAGGAGUGAGUGGAGAAAUGGAAGCACCAUCACGAGCACUUCCACUUGGAGGAGUUAAUGUAUUAAUGAUUGGAAAUAAACGUAAAGAUUCAGAUACUUCGGACAAAAAACCAACACAAUCAGAAAUUGAGUCACAUGUGUUAAGACCUUCUAUAGUUAGUCCAUCAAUUUUAAUGUCACAAAUUCGAUUGGCUUCUCAUAAAGUUCGAGAUUAUUUAGCUAAAGAUCGAUUGGAUGGGGCCACGUUGAAAUUAGAAUGUUUUAAUUAUCUCAAUAACCUUCCAACCAAACUAAUAUGCAGUCGAGGCAAAAUUUCUAUAUGGUUUGACUUUUUGCCGAGUGCUAUUAUUCUCAUGACAGGAAAUGCACAAUAUUCUGCUGUGGCCUGUGAAGAUGGAAGUAUUUAUACAUAUUCUAACGCAGGAAACAAACUUGAGUCUACGGCAUCCUUUCUAGAAAUUUGUCGUGAUUAUUUGUUGUGCUUGACUCAAGUUGGUUUAUUAUCAGUCUGGGAUUUACGAAAUCGACAGGCUAAGAUAGAUUCCGUAUCAAUUGCACCUAUAUUAUCAUCAGCUUCAUUAUCAUCAGAUAGUCUUCAACAUACAGUUUCAAUUGUGACAGCAUGUGUUCGUUCAAAUGGAAUUCCAUUAUUAAUAACGAGUACAUCAGAUGCUUGGUGUUAUCAUACGGGAAUGCGAUGUUGGACAUGCGUAUAUGAUCCAAGAUAUACACUUCCUAAUCCAUCCAGACAAGAAUCUAUUGGGGAUGUGACAGGAAAUUACAUAUUAUCGUCAUUAGAAAAUAUGGCGAGACAACGUGGAGCAAAUAUUGGAUCGUUAGCAUAUUUGAGAAGACCGGGUAUAAGUAAUGUAACAGCUCAAUCACCAAAUAAUUUAUUGGGAUUUUUACAAAAUCAACUUUUAGCUGCUGAAUUAGUUAAUUCCCCUUCAGAGUAUAAACAAUUAUUAUUAGCAUAUGCUCAACAAUUGGCUGAUGAAGGUGCUGAAUCUAAAUUACAUGAAUUAUGUAUUCAACUUCUUGGGCCAACUUAUAUUCCUGAGGGAAUAAAUGGUGUUCAGCCUCAAUCUAAUUGGGAUCCUUUCUUAUUGGGAAUGUCAAAACGACAAUUAUUAGAUGAAGUUUUAAAGAUACUAUCGUCCAAUAGAACUUUACAACGUCACGUUAGUGAAUACAAAAAUGCAUUAAAUACUAUCCUUAAUUUAGAUUGA